AUAAUGUAGAUCACCUGAAAUUUACCAAUUCCCCGUACUCAGCUAAAGUAUCAGCUGCUAUUUUUCGUUCCUCUGCAAUGACAGAUGAUGUUUGCACUAAGAAAAUGAGCAAAAAGGAAGAUGCAACUGAGAUAUGUCAGAAUUCUUUAUUACUAACAAGAAGAUUAGAUGCCAUAAGCUGGUUUAGUUCAAUCACCCACAUAUUUUUUUCCAAAGGAAAAGGUGAAGUGGGACCCUGGUUUCCCCUUGCUCACAUAUAAAAAUGUCGUUUUCUUGUUCGGUUUUGCCUUGUACCUUUCUUUUUCGCUUACCCUUUUGAGUGAGAGACUGAGUGAGUUCAUAGAGGAGACUUUGCAGCGAUAAAGAAAGAGCGGGGAGGGGAAAAUCAAGAAUCCCAUUUCACCAACUUCACUCAAAUAGAGAUAGAUUUGGGCACGUGAAGAAUUGAUUCAAAAGAUAUCUGGUGAUGUCUGAAGCACCAAUGAUGAAUAACCAGAUCUACAACCAUUAUUUGACUGGCAUGACACCAGCUGAAAUUGCUGAACAUCUUCAGGAUAUUUGCCCUGAAUUUGGUGAUUUGAAUCCUGAAGAAGUUCUUCUCAUGCAGGAAAGUGCCUUUCAAUAUAUCCAGAAGAAUAAGCAGAACAUGCAUAUGACCUCUGGCUAUGGGGAAACUAGCAACAGUAAUUUAGUUAUGGCACAUGACAACGAGUCAUCACAUGGCUCAAGUGUUGAACACCAACUGGCUCUGGAUGAAGCCUUAGCAAGAGCUUUGGAGUUAGGUGACGACUUCAACAGUUUAUAUGUUCAUGAGCAUGGCAACGAUGCAGCUGAAAACACAGGAUCUGCUUCGACAGAAUCUCCUAUCCGGGGUGAAAGUCAAAACAUAAGGCAAGAUGAAAUUGAUCCUGAUAAUAUGACUUACGAGGAAUUGCAAUUACUUGGAGAAUCUGUUGGUAGUGAAAGCAGAGGACUUCCAGCAGACCUCAUCUCAAGAUUACCGACAUUCAAAUACAAAUCUGGGUUGUUCUCAAAGAAAAAGAAAAAAGAAAAAGAAGAGUGUGUGAUAUGCUGUGCCGAAUAUAAGCAUGGAGCCAAGCUGACUGCUCUGCCUUGUGCGCAUCAGUAUCAUUCCCACUGCAUUAAUCCUUGGCUACAACUCAACAAGUUCAUUCUUUCCCGCAGCAAUGUCCCAUUUGUCAAAAAGAGGUGCAAGACGAGUAGUACAUCAAAUCUCAGAGGACAUCUGACGUUUUUGCUACAAGCCCAUCUGGUUUCGAGAGCACCAAUUCACAUCUGCAUUUGUCGAGUUUUCAAAGCUGAAAACUUCUAUUGUAAAGAACUUGAUUAUCUGCUCGCACGCGUACAAGUGGUUUCUGGACUUUUCUCAUUGUGAGAAGCAAUAUGUUACAUAUAGCAACUAGAUAACACUCUUUGUUAAAAUAUUUGACGUGGACCUUCUCCAGUUUGGAGUUUGUUGUAAAUCCAGUUUGGUCUCUGCAAUGGGUCCUCUAGAAUGUAACUAUUUCUCUCUUCGCAUAAGGGAAUAAAUAACCUUAUUCUUGA